AAAAGAGAUCAGAGACUUAGGUAACCGCCAUGAAAGGAAUUCUUAUUCUCUUCUCUCUUGUUAUACCUCUGUGUGGAUUUACAGCUACAAGAGCUGAAGUUAUAACGCUAACACCGGAUACCUUCUCCGACAAGGUGAAGGAGAAGGAUAUUUUGUGGUUUGUGCAAUUCUGUGUUCCAUGGUGUAAGCAUUGUAAGAACUUGGGUUCAUUGUGGGAGGACCUAGGAAGGGCCAUGGAUGGGGAAGAUGCAAUAGAGAUAGGACAAGUUGACUGCUCCACAAGCAAACCAGUUUGUACCAAAGUUGACAUCCAUUCAUAUCCUACAUUUAAGCUCUUUUAUGAUGGAGAAGAAGUUGCAAAAUAUCAGGGCUCUAGGGAUGUUGAGUCUCUGAAAACAUUUGUGUUAGAAGAAGCAGAGAAAGCAGCAGCAAAAGCACAUCUCGAUAGUGAUAAAGAGUUGUGAUGAUCUGUAAGAAUUCAUGCUGGACUAAGGAGUGACUAUAUUCCUCUUCUAUAGAAAUGUAUCUUAGAAGUCUUGGCAACUUUAACCUGGAUGAGGCAAAAACACGGAGGAUCAAACUGACAA